AUGACAGACAGGUUGACUUGCAGCACAUCCAAAGUGAACCUGCGGACCGCACAGACUCCUUUGCUGCCUCCUGAGCCCAUUGAGAUUAUUCGCAUUAAGGCCCGAUCACGGCGAAUGCGGCUCAAUGUUGGAGGCCUCACCCAUGAGGUUCUGUGGAGAACACUGGACCGCCUUCCCAGAACCCGUCUGGGGCAGUUAAGAGACUGCAACACUCAUGAGUCUUUAUUGGAAAUCUGUGAUGACUACACCAUUAAUGACAACGAGUAUUUCUUCGAUCGCCACCCAGGCGCCUUCUCCUCCAUUCUGAACUUUUACCGCACGGGCAAACUUCACAUGAUGGAGGAGAUGUGUGCCCUGUCAUUUGGCCAAGAGCUGGACUACUGGGGCAUUGAUGAAAUAUACCUCGAGUCAUGCUGUCAGGCCAGGUACCAUCAGAAGAAGGAGCAGAUGAAUGAGGAGCUCAGGAGAGAAGCUGAUACAUUAAGGGACAACGAGGCAGAGGAGGAGGACCACGGCUGCUGUCCUGACAGGAGGCAGCAGCUCUGGGACCUGCUGGAGAAACCAAGCUCAUCAGUGGCUGCCAAGAUCUUGGCCAUGGUCUCCAUCCUGUUCAUUAUCAUAUCCACCAUCUCAUUGUCCCUAAACACUCUGCCAGAGCUGCAGGUAGUGGAUGAAUUUGGACAGUUUAGCGACAAUCCCAGUUUGGCCCACGUGGAAGCUGUUUGCAUUUCCUGGUUUACCAUGGAGUAUGUGUUGCGCCUGCUCUCAGCACCCAACAAAUGGAACUUUAUUAAAGCUCCACUUAAUGUCAUCGAUCUGAUGGCUAUACUGCCAUAUUAUGUGACCCUCUGUCUAACCGAAUCCAACAAAAGUGUGCUGCAGUUCCAGAAUGUGCGCCGUGUGGUCCAGAUCUUCCGUAUCAUGAGAAUCUUGAGAAUUCUGAAAUUAGCCAGGCAUUCUACGGGGCUUCAGUCUUUGGGUUUCACUUUGAGAAGGAGCUACAAUGAAUUGGGGCUUCUGAUCCUCUUUCUUGCCAUGGGCAUAAUGAUCUUUUCCAGCUUGGUUUUCUUUGCUGAGAAAGAUGAAGAAACCACAAAGUUCACCAGCAUCCCUGCCUCAUUCUGGUGGGCUACAAUUACAAUGACUACUGUUGGUUAUGGAGACAUCUACCCACAGACACUGUUAGGGAAGAUUGUGGGGGGACUCUGUUGCAUAGCUGGUGUGCUGGUCAUUGCCCUCCCCAUCCCCAUCAUUGUCAACAACUUCUCUGAGUUCUACCGUGAGCAGAAGAGGCAAGAAAAAGCCAUCAAGAGGAGAGAAGCUCUUGAGAGAGCCAAAAGGAAUGGCAGUAUUGUCUCGAUCAAUCUAAAGGAUACUUUUGUCCGUAGCAUGGAGCUGACAGAUGUGUUGGUAGAAAAAGGAGAGGACAGCAAAUAUGCUCUGGACAACCACCACUCAUCCAGUCGCUGGAGUUACCACAAACACUACUUGAACACAGAGGUUGGCAGCCAAGCCUACUCCCUCCAUAACCGAUAUAAACAAGUGACCCAGCUGGGCUCCCCUGACCGACUGAAAGACUAUCUUAUUAGGAAGAGCCCCCAGCAUGUUAAUGCCCAGCAGCUGGAUGACAAUUAUGAUAAGAUAGCAACCAGCCACAAGCAGCAAGAAAACAGAAUAGGAGGACAGGCAGAGAUGAAAGUGGUGGCCUCCACAUGUACCACUAAUCUUCCGGCUAAAGAACCGACAGUGACUUAUAGUGGCCAUGCUGACAGUUUCUCCAGUGACGUUGGAGAUGCAGAGGAAAAACUCUCCUUUCUCCCAAACAUUGAAAUGGGUCAAGUAGGUCCUAGACACCACCGUAUCCCCCCUCCACUAGAUCUCAGCCAAAUCAGCCCAGUUGAGGUGAGUAGGCAUCCCAAGACCAUCCAACCAUUGACCAUCAUCAAAGAGGGUCUGUAUGAAUUUGUAUCAAGUCAACCAGACAGCAGUAGCUAUGAAGAUCCGAGUAUAGCACAACAGAGCAUGGAAAACUUUGCAAUGACCCCUGGCAGCAUCUGCACCUCCUUACAGGACAAUAGCACCCAACUGAACACGAAAACCCUAAAAAUCAACUUCAUUGGAUCCCAGGAGGAGUCACUGCCACCGAUUACUACAUCUUCCCCCGAUGUUUCAGCUGGGGUGCCUAAAGAACUGUCAGAUGACAUGGUUUCCAGAUCUUCUAUGACUUCCAGCACUACCCUACCAGAAAUGGAGUCUCCCUUGGAACUCCUACAGUCUCUGCCCAUGGCUCAGCAAUCUGUGAGGCCAAGCAGCUCCAGGGAGGUCGAGGAGGGCACCAUUGCUGGGAGCUUAGAAGGUGAAGGGCAGCUCGAAGGAUUAAGCUACAAGGGGAGGAACCAAAUAGAUAAGUCUGCUGUUGGCUCAGAUACCAGUGCCAGCCCACUGUCACCUAAACCCAGCCACCUCAACUGCACUCAGGAGUUUGUUGUGGUAGAGGGAAGAGAAGGACCAGAUGGCAGCAGGGGAGAAGUAGAGAGUGGAGAGAAUAAUGACGAGAAUAACGAGAAUGACGAGAAUAACGAGAUUGACGAGAAUAACGAGAGUGACGAGAAUAACGAGAAUGACGAGAAUAACGAGAAUGACGAGAAUAACGAGAAUGACGAGAAUGACGAGAAUAACGAGAGUGACGAGAAUGACGAGAUUGACGAGAACAACGAGAUUAACGAGAAUGAGGAGAAUAACGAGAAUAACUCCUCUGAGCUCAUUGUCCAGACUGUGCAGAGUAUUCAGUCGCUGUCUCCAUCAGUCCUGCUCCAGCUCUACUGGCAAAUCAUUUACUGGCAGGAGGAGGUUACGGUGAAGCACACGGGGGAUCCCAUCCCCGGUCUCUGCUUGAACUCUAUCCACAGGGCCAUCUCCCAGCCUUUCAACCACGCGGUGGACCUUUUCCUCCCAAUAUGCACGAAGUUUGCCUGA